AUGGAUCAUAUUCAACUUGCAGCUGAGUACCUUGAGGCAAUGGGUUAUGAGGAGGAUGCUUUUUCUCUUUACGCGCUUCUACUGAAGAAGCUUCACGAAGAUGGCCCUCAGGACAAAGCGACAUUCCUCAACGCAAUUAUCAACUACUCUCGAUGCGUGUCUACGCCGGGACAUUGCGAAAUCAUUCAGCAUCAUCUCAGAGAUCAAGCACAGCAGCUCUCGGAGGAAGUCAGCUCAUGUCUGCUCUACCAGCUCUUGAUUGAGAUGGCGCUCGCCGAGACAUACAGCAGAAAGUUUGACACGUCAGCCGUCAAAAGACAUCUUCGGAAAGCCCGUCAACUCAUCCCACGUGACAACGGCUUCCACCAAGUCACCAAGCAGCUGCCUCAGAAAAAUCGAAGUCUGGAUCUGGUACUUUAUCAUAGUCUUCGGCGCUUAUGUGACCCGUACGCAGAGAACCUGUUGCCAAGAGAGGAUCCAAAAGAGUUCACUUCCUGGGAAUUCGAUGUACCGGCUCUGGAGCGAACAACACUACAUCGAGUUCCUGGGCCUUUCGAACUAAAAUAUCCGGAAAUGGGUAAUCCCUGCAUACGACAGUGUUUGCAGUGGUGCUACCAGAAACUCCAACAGCUGAGAUAUGUCUCCGGGCCGUGGAUGGAAGUCGUGUCGUCAGAGAAGAAAGCGGACAAAGAACGAAUUGCAACGGUGCACAGGAUGUUUUUAUUCACGUGUCUCUGGAACAUCUGGAUAAAUGAACCGGGAGCCUCCAGUCUCACCAGUGCAGCUGACACCUGGAUGUGGCAAACCCACUCUCGCCUCGGUGUCAAUGCUACUGAACUGCUUAUGAUAACCUGUGCACAGAUUGUUCAUGAGUCGGGCUCUUCAAAGGGCUCAAAAUGGUUUCCCACUGAGCUAGAGCUGAUUUGGCGCUUGCGACGAGGUGCAGAGAGGCUGUUGGGACUACGCGACGACGCGUUGGCCCGGUGGUUCUUGAAUGCGUUCGUCCAGUACAGAACACUCGAAGAAGAGGAAUCGCAGUGGCUGAAGGAUCUACGUCAAAGAUCGCGCGCAGGAACAAUGGGACAGCUUGAGCGUGCCUUACACACCACGUUCUCGCAAACGCGAGAGCUCACAACCCACCUCACGCGAUCAACGCGGAGGCUUAGCAUGCAGGUGGCCGAGACAGCCAGACAUAUGACGAUGACAUCAAGUCUUCGAUCAUCUGACUUGAGUCUGCUCAACUUUCGGAAGGUGAAAGAGUCCAUGGACGAGAGGGUGAGGAAGUUGAAGGAUCAGCCAUCAAUGUCAUCUGUGUCUUUUGGACGCAGCUCCCAGAGGUCGAGGUUCUCAUUUUGGACAAUGAGCCAGUUGAGCCAGAAUCUGGAGAGGACCAGCCUCAGUUUGCAACCGGCCGGACCAGUCUCUUAA